GUCGAUAAACCACAGGUAUCAAUAAACCAGAUUGUUGUUGUGAAAAACCAAAUCAAAUAAACAAACAUUUUUUUUGUUCCAACGAGCAAAAACAUCAUAAAAAGUUCGCCUAUAUAUAUUCAAUAUUUUGGCCCUCACACUUGACAGAGAUCUGAUUGCCCUCAACAGCCUCCACUCACACACACCCUUUCCUCUCUCCCUCUGAGCAUUUCAUCGCUCCCUCGGAGAGAUGGCAGUGUCGGAUGGAUCACCAACCCCUCAGAUGGUUGGCAAUGCUUUUGUGGAGCAGUAUUACUCUAUACUGCAUCAAGAGCCAGAUCAAGUUCACAGAUUUUAUCAUGAGUCUAGUGUCCUAAGUCGACCUGAAGAAGAUGGUUCCAUGACAAUGGUGACAACUACUGUGGAAAUUAAUAAAAAGAUACUCUCUCUGGAUUACACAAGCUUUAGGGUAGAAAUUCUGAGUGCUGAUGCCCAGCCUUCAUACAAGGAUGGGGUAAUGGUUGUAGUGACUGGCUGCUUAACUGGAAGCGACAAUCUGAAAAGGAAGUUUACUCAGUCCUUUUUCCUAGCUCCACAGGACAAAGGCUACUUUGUUUUGAAUGAUGUUUUCAGAUAUGUUGAUGAGUAUAAGGCAGUUGAUAUUGAGUCUGUGCCGCCAGUAAAUGAUGCUGAGGAAAGUGCUCCAACAGAUGCUUUUACCCCAGAGCCUGAGCCCAUUAAUGUUGCUGAAGAUGUUGCACCUAUUCAAACUGCUGUUGUUGAUGCUGACAUUAAUGUCACCCAAGAAGUCAGCAAACCACUUGAGAAUGGAAGCGUAUCAGUUACUGAAAAGGCGGUUCCUGUUAGUCAUGUUAAGGAAUCAAGUCAUCAGGAACAUCAUUCAACUGUUGAGAAAGCUGCUUCUAAUCCACAGGAGGAUACUCCAAAGAAGUCUUUUGCUUCUAUUGUGAAUGAACUGAAACAAAAUGCUGCUCCCUUCCAUGUGAGGGCUUCCCCUGUGAAAACUGUAGAACAACCACGUGUAUCUAGCAUGCCUGCACCAGAAGCCCCAGCUCCUAGCUCUGACAGUCCAACAGAAAAGAAUAAUGAGAAUGGAGGCAAGGCAUAUGCAAUAUUUGUUGCAAAUUUGCCCAUGAAUGCUACAGUAGAACAACUGGAACGUGUUUUCAAGAAAUUUGGGACCAUAAAACGUGAUGGUAUUCAAGUUAGAAGUAAUAAGCAACAAGGAUCUUGUUUUGGUUUUGUGGAAUUUGAAUCUGCUACUUCAAUGCAAAGUGCACUUGAGGCUUCUCCUCCUGUUACAUUGGACAACCGUAGACUUUCAAUUGAAGAAAGACGAGCUAAUAAUGAUAGGGUGAGAUAUUCAUCAGGAAGGAGUGGAUACAGAAAUGACAGAAAUGAUAACUUCAGAGGCCGUGGCAACUUCGGUGGUGGCCGUGGUGGCGGGUAUGGAAGUAGGAAUGAUUUUGAGAAACGGGGUGAGUUCUCGGGACGACCUCGAGGAGGCAAUAAUGGUGGACGUAGCAAUGGAGACGCUGUGCCAAGGAAUUAUCAGAAUGGAGGAAAAGUCGCUCGUCAACCAGUGAAAGUUCAGUAAAGUUCUACUACUUAUUGUUUGGGAAUUGAGUGACAACGGAAUUUUCUUUAUUAUUAUAGAUAGCGGCAUCUAGGGUUUUUGGUUUUCAACUGCAUUAGAGUCUUUUUUCUUUAUAGUUGUCAUGAUCCUUUCGAUUAAGAGUUUUUUGGUUAAAUCACAUGAUUCCCCAUACCUACUUCUCUCCUAUACUUUCUUUUCUUAUUUUUUCCAAUUUUGUUACAUUUUGUAUCUAAUAUUCCGGAAUAAUUGUUUGGAAUCGGUUAAAAUUAUAUGCCAUUUUUUUUAUAAAA